UUAUUGUACAGAUGUAGCAAAGGUGAACGUGAAAGAAUGUGCUUAAAGGAAAACGAGGAAGUUGAAUAACACAGAUUUGUACGAUGAGAUGUGGAUAUGUCACGCGCUGUCACGCUAGUGAUGUUGUUCUCACAGGCAUGACGCAGUCUUGUGUUUACAAUCAUUGAUGCGCGGACGAGAGAACCGCGUGGCCGCCGCCGGUGAACAUUUGAAUAUAUAUCAUAGCUUUCUACUCUGUUUCUUUGCCCGAGGUUGUAGCAACGCCUUCUCUGGGUAAACCUUGCAUCCAAAAGCUGUUUUAAAAAUUUAAAAAACUAGUUUUCAGAGAGACGAAGUAUAAGUUAAGUUGAGAGCCGGCCACGUAAGUUCAUCUACGACUUUCGAUUAAACAUGACUAAAGGCUUCUAUGGCGGGAAUCGUUGUGGAAGGUGUUGUGGUGGCUUUUGGAAGCGCUGCAAACAGGAUUUGCUUCUAAUCUUAAUCGUAAUUGGAGUAUUUGUUGGCUUUGUCAUUGGUUUUCUAGCAAAUGGACCGGUCAACAGAAUCCAGAGCCCUGAAGAGAAAACGACAACGAUUAUUUUGAUCGGCCUUUUGGGCGAACUUUUUAUGGCGAUGUUGAAAAUGCUUAUUCUUCCAUUGAUCAUGGCAAGCUUGAUCUGUGCCUUAGGAGUUCUGGAUUCUAGUGCUACGGGCAAGAUAGGCCGUAGGACGGUGCUGUAUUAUUUAUGCACUACAUUGAUCGCUGUCCUUCUGGGGAUCGCAAUGGUUUCGAUUAUUCAGCCGGGAAAGGGCGACAAACCUAAGGGUGAACGAAUUGAGCAAAGUGCCGGGCCACGAAGGAACCUGGAUUCUUUCCUGGACCUUAUCAGAUCGCUAUUCCCUAACAACAUCGUCGAGGCCACCUUUAUGCAGAAAACCACCAAAUACAAGUCCGGACCUGGGAAAUACACGUACUAUAAUGUCACGGUGGAUAUGAGUAAGAAUAAAACCUACACUACUCCCAUCUUCAGUAACGGCACCCAUAACAUUACCACCCUACGGAACACCAUCUACGGCCCCUCCGAGACCAUACCUGAUGGGUACUCCCGCACGUGGGGACUCAACGUGCUCGGCAUCGUCAUGUUCUCCAUCGUGUUCGGGAUCGUGCUGGGGCGCAUGGGCGAGCGAGGGGCUCCACUCAAGUCAUUCUUCGAGACUCUGAAUGAGGUCAUCAUGCAGAUGAUUACCAUCGUCAUGUGGCUCUCUCCUAUCGGCAUCUGCAGUCUAAUCGCCAAGAACCUCGUUCAGAUGGGUGACAUUCCCUCGGCGUUCAAGGCCCUCGGGAUGUUUAUCGGGACAUCCCUCGCCGCGCUACUUAUCCACGGGUUGGUGAUUCUACCGCUCGUCUACUUCAUAUGCACUCGCCGUAACCCUUUCAAGUACAUGUUCAAUUUGGUGGAUGCUCUCGUCACAGCCUUCGGGACUGACUCGAGCUCGGCCACCCUGCCGACCACCAUCCGAUGCUGUGAGGAGGAGAACCACGUGGACAAGCGCAUCGUUCGGUUCGUCCUUCCGCUCGGCGCCACUGUCAACAUGGACGGCACGGCCUUGUACGAAGGGGUCUGCUGCUUGUGGAUCGCUCAGAUGAACGGCAUUGAGCUUGGACCGGGCGAGAUCGUCACCACUGUGCUCACGGCGACAGCGGCAGCUAUUGGAGCAGCCGGUAUCCCUUCGGCAGGCCUGGUUACCAUGCUGAUCGUGCUUCAGGCUGUGGGCCUCCCGACAGAUGAUAUUGCCCUUAUUUGGUCCGUCGACUGGUUCAUUGACCGGUUCCGUACCAUGGUGAACAUCACGGGUGAUGCAUACGGCGCAGGCGUGGUCGAGCACUUGUCACGUGACGAUCUGAUGCUGAUGGACCAUGUGGCUCAAGAGAAUGGCCAAACGCUGGAGCUAGCAGAGCGCUACACGCCGCAUGGCACCGACUCCGCGCAUGCCGUGUGAGACAACCAUAGCACAGAAGCCUGGGUACUAGCUCCACAGGGAGACCACAAGGGUGCAUGAAAUUUGAACUCUAUACAGACUGUAGAAUAGCUGUUUUUUUUUUUUCUAGGAAAAUAUCUUAGGGGUUAGUAGGACAGUUUCUCCCUCGCAGCCGCUCUGGACUCGUCACACUAGGCGCGCUUGAGCUCCAAGCGUGACUAGUCCAGAACGGAUGCGAGGAGACUAGUAAGGACAGUUGAAAGUCUCGGAUGAACAUGAUAGUUAAUGGAAGUUUAUAUUUUUAUUAUCGCACGUUUGAAAGCUUAAAAGUAUUAUCAACUACUUUUAUUUUGAAAGUUGCUUUAGAUUUUGGCUGAUGGAAGUUAAUUAACUUUCUAGCAAAUGAGGAAAGGCAGAUAUUUUAUGACUUUUUACUCUCAGUAAGCUACGUUAGUUUUACAGCAAUACUAUAACCAUCGCAGGCUUAUUUAGAGGAAUUUUAUUGUGAAAACGUGUACACAUGUUUCGGCUUGUGAAAAAGCCUUCCCUAUUCAAUGGUGCUGGUGUUGACGAGAAUGCAGUAGUAUUUUAACUUUAUAGUGGAGCAUAUAAGGUGUAUAGUUUCUUAGUUUCAUAUAGGUGUAUAGUUUCUCUUUAUCUGGGCUUUUACUUCUGUCCUACUCAGUCUACUCAGUACUCCGUGUGAACUCAAAAUUUUUAGGUAUCUAUUUAAUUUGGCAUUGUGUAGUUCCAGAAAAUAUCCAUACCCCCUAUUGACGGGGUCGGAGGUAUGACCCCCCACCCCUCUUGAAUUUCCAACCCCCUGGAAAAAAAUAAGCACAGUAACUGUUGAGGAUAAAGGGCAUUUGACCCCCCCCCCCUUCCCUCUGGAAAUUCCUGGGCGUUUGAACCCUCCACCCCCCUGGAAUUUCCAAUCCCCUCAAUGGAGGGGUGGAGGUGUAUGGAUGGUGUAUGGAUAUUUUCUGGAACUACACAUUCACUGCCUACUAUUGUAGUAUAUGCACGGCGUUGCGACAAAGCACUAUUUUACUUGGGCUGCCAUUUAAUAAUUAUUUAAACUAAUAAGACUUUUGUGCGGACUAUUACUCCUUUUAUUUAAUGAAAGAGCCAUUUGCAUGAUGUAGAUACAUAGGGAUGUAGGCGAUUCAAGGCAUAAGUAGUAUAGAUGUAGCCUGGUUACCCAGCUUUAAAGGAGCUCUCUCAGCUGCCAUUUUGUCAUCCAGCAAAUACGAAAAAGAAUCCAUUUCCAUCAGCUAAUUUGUUAGUUAGAAUAACGAUUAUCCGAUUGCAAUUGUUAAAAAACGUAUGGAACUUUUUUUUGUAGAUGGAUAUUUCGAUUUUUUUUUAAAGGAUUUGUUUUUUAAUCGGAUAAAUGCAAUAACAAAGGUGUGGCUGACGAGGGUUCUUUAAACAUGAGGCGGGAUCUGACACACUCGAAAUCUAAUACAAAAAAACGAACAAAAUUUUACCACCCAAAAUGACCCGACCUCGAAUUCUAUGCCCGAAGACCCUCCCCCUGCCAUCCAAGUACUCCCCUGGCUAUAUGCUACUAACUAGUGCGUUGGACCUUCCCCCUGCCAUCCAAGUACUCCCCUGGCCAUAUGCUACUGACUAGUACAUUGGACCUUCCCCCUGCCAUCCAAGUACUUCUCUGGCCAUAUGCUACUAACUGAUAUGUUGGACCUUCCCCCUGACAUCCAAGUACUCCCCUGGCUAUAUGCUACUAACUAGUACGUUGGACCUUCCCCCUGCCAUCCAAGUACUCCCCUGGCCAUAUGCUACUAACUAGUACGUUGGACCUUCCCCCUGCCAUCCAAGUACUCCCCUGGCCAUAUGCUACUAACUAGUACGUUGGACCUUCCCCUGCCAUCCAAGUACUCCCCUGGCCAUAUGCUACUGACUAGUACAUUGGACCUUCCCCCUGCCAUCCAAGUACUCCUCCUGGCUAUAUGCUACUAACUAGUACGUUGGACCUCCCCCUGCCAUCCAAGUACUCCUCCUGGCUAUAUGCUACUGACUAGUACGUUGGACCUUCCCCCUGUCAUAGGGGUACUCCCCUGGCUAUAUGCUACUGACUAAUGCGAUACCAAUGCCUAUGCUAGCGAACUGCAGAUUACUGUCUAGUUGCCUCAAGAGUGUGUUUAAUGCAUUUUCUUCAAAGGGCAUGUCAGGGGCUCCCUCUUCUCGACUCAUUUGACGAGAUAAAUUUCUGGGUUUGGAAGUCAGGGCUUGUUUUGGAAAACUUAUACUACAAUAUUAUGGUGUUGGAAUUCGUGUAUAUUAUCUUGAAGAACUAUUAAAGGGAGUUUUU